AUGCUUAAUAAUAAAUACAAUACUGACAAAGUAAAUGAAUUUCUGGACUAUCUCAUGAACUUAUCGUAUAACAAGAAGUGUGCAGACUGCGGUAAAUCUAACCCGUCCUGGGCUGAUCUUACACACUCGUUUUUUAUUUGCUACGAGUGUUCAGCUUUACAUAGGCGCCUGGGUGCGCAUCGUUCAAGAGUGAAGUCGGCACAGAUGGAUAGCUGGACUACAGAAGAACUAAGGAGGAUGCAUGUGGGAGGAAAUAAGUACUCACAUAAAAUAACCCAAAAUAGCGAUUUUUCAAUUAGAUACAAGGACACAAAGGACUUCACAGCAUAUUUAGACGAGAAAGAGAGGCAGAGCAGAGCAAAUGAACCCGAGGAUUCUUUUAUGAACAGAUCUAGGCAAACUAGCUUGAAGAGAGAUAUGGUUGUUGUGGAAAAGAAGCCUAAGCCGAAGUUUAGCGACUGGAUAGAAUCCUCAGACGAAGAAAAUGACCCUAAGAGCAUAGAAAAUACACUCAGCCAAAUAACACAGGAAGAGGAAGAUGAUGUUGGCCUUGUUGUGUCCAAGCCUGGCUCAAAGAUCAAAAAGUCGGUUAAGCCGUCACGCAGUCCCUUUUCAUUCUCUGUUAAGGAGCAUCAAGAAAAUGAAAUAAAUGACGAGAAGUAA